AUGGCAAAAAUUGUCAUGGACAAUUACUGCUCUCCGGAGAAGUUAGUGGGAAUGAAGGAGGCGAUUGGAUCUGCGAGCGGCAACACAGCAAUCCUGAACAUUCCAGAUGCAGAAUCCUUAGCUCGAGUCCUCAGCGCAGGAGUCCGAGGUACUGUCAGCGACCCACGCCUGGAGGUCACCUACGAGCCAAACUAUGUUCCUGCAGUUCCACAGCAGAUGCCUCCACUACCACCAGAGCAGCUGGUGGCAGUGCUGCAGACCUCAAUCAAGCUCGACAUCCUGGAAGGUAACAUUGGCUACCUGAGGAUUGACCACAUUCUUGGCGAAGAGGUGGCUGAUAAAAUCGGCGCGUUACUCCUUGAGUUAGUCUGGAGUAAAAUACUGCCUACCUCAGCUCUGAUAUUUGAUUUGCGCUACACUGGCAGUGGAGACGUCUCUGGACUUCCUUACAUCGUGUCAUAUUUUACACAAGCUGAACCCGCAGUUCACAUCGACAGCAUCUAUGACCGUAAGUCAAACACCACCACCAAGCUCAUGUCCCUGUCCACGCUGCUGGGGGAGAGAUACGGGACGAGCAAACCCCUCAUUAUCCUCACAAGCAAAAACACAAACGGCAUCGCAGAAGACGUUGCUUAUUGUCUCAAGAACCUGAAGAGAGCCACCAUAGUGGGCGAGAAGACGGCCGGGGGAUCAGUGAAGAUUGACAAGAUCAAAGUUGGAGACACAGACUUUUAUGUCACCGUGCCAACCGCUAAAUCCAUCAACCCCAUCACUGGCUCCACUUGGGAGGUUGUUGGUGUUAGUCCCGAUGUAGAAGUUAAUGCUGAGGAUGCCCUGGCUACGGCCAUUAAGAUUGUUCAACUUCGAGCCCAGGUCCCAGCUGUUAUUGAAGGUGCAGCAGCCCUCAUUGCAAACAACUAUGCCUUUGAAGAUGUUGGAACGGCCGUGGCAGCUAAACUGAAGGGGCUACAGGCGAUUGGGGCCUUUAACAUGGUUGUAUCUAAGGCUGACUUGGAAACAAAAUUAACUGCUGUUUUGGAAUAUCUCUCUGGUGGCAAGAGUCUAAAAACAACCAGUAACACUCCAGCACUGCCACCAAUGAAUUAUUCACCUGAGAUGUACAUCGAUCUGAUUAAAGUGUCCUUCCAAACCAGUGUCUUUGAAAACAACAUUGGUUAUCUGCGAUUUGACAUGUUCGGUGACUUUGAAGAGGUGAAGGCCAUCGCCCAGAUUAUUGUCGAACACGUUUGGAACAACGUCGUCAACACUGACGCCAUGAUUGUCGAUCUCAGGAACAACAUUGGAGGCCCUACCACCGCCAUUGCAGGGUUUUGCUCUUAUUUCUUUGAUGGCGACAAGCAGAUUGUACUGGACAAACUGUACGAUCGGACCACCGGAGAAACCACAGAGCUGGUCACGCUGCCUGAACUCACCGGCACAAGAUAUGGCUCCAAAAAGAGUUUGAUUAUUUUGACAAGUCCAGCGACCGCAGGGGCUGGAGAGGAGUUCGUCUACAUCAGUGUCUCCCAAAGUGGGGUCCGCGGCCCCCUGGUGGGCCGCGAGGAGACCACCUCCGGAUCGUCCCACCCAGCCAAGACCUUCCAGAUCGGAGAGAGCGACUACUUCCUCAGCAUCCCCACGGUGCACUCCGACACCUCCGCUGGUCCAGCCUGGGAGGGGGCCGGCAUCUCCCCACACAUCCCAGUCUCCGCCUCUAAGGCCCUGGACGCCGCACUGGCGAUUCUCAACAAGCACAUGGCUGGACAGAAAUAA